CUUUAAGGCCAGCUGUAAAUUAAAAGGCCGCAUUCGCUGCGCCAAAUGAAACUCGCGUUCUUAUCAGGGUUAAUGAAUUGAGUUAUAUGUGAUACCACUACAAAUGUACUGUGGUCAAGUUUAAAUAUAUCAUGACAAGGACAGAAGAGGUGGCGUAAAUAGUCGGGGCCGCGACCCACAGCGCGACUUCCCAACCGAGGGCCGGCAAGCUGGGCGAGCGAAUGGAGAAGGAGGAAGAUGCAGAGGCGGAGACUCAGGAGCUGCUCCUCAGCCUGCUGGAUGUGCGCAGCCCCUCCGCUGCAGCGGCGGCUGUGGCAGCGGCAGCCGCCGCCGCUGCAGCCGCCAUGUCUCCCGUACACUCGCGCUCCCCACUGGCCUCGCCGCUGGCCUCCGGCGGCGGCGGCCUGCCCGACUUGGCCGAAGCAGCCAGCCCCAGCCGCCCUGCCACCAGCGGCGCCGGCAGUAGCAGUGGCGGAGCUGGCUAUGUGGCAGUAGCAGACGGCCUCGACCUAGCGCAGGGUGAUGUGCAAGGCAGGCGGCCAUCGGGCUCCGAGGCCUCCACCCGGAGUCAGUGGCUGGGCGGUGACCGCGGGGGCGCAGGCGGGGGCGGCGGCGAGGGCACUGGGGAAAGGCCAACUCCACGGCUAUCGGGUGGAGUGGCUUUGGAGGGCGGCUCGCGGCGGCCCUCUGACGCCAGUGCAGCGGGUGCAGCUGGGACUGCGUGGGGCGCAGCCGGAGCGGGGCCGGUGCCGCCGGUGCCGCCACCCGCAACGGCUGCGGCGACGGGGGCAGGCCGCGCGUCCGCUAGCGGCACCAGCACCAGCGGCAGCGGCAGUGGCAGCCGGCAGGCUUCAGGGCGCAAGGUGUCUGCAAGCGGCACGCCCGCCGCCGGUGCGGGCCGGCAGGCGCAGCCAGGCCUCCACAGCCCCGGCCAGGGGCCACUGGAUGGCGGGGAGGCGGCGGAGGCGGCGGCGCGGCCCAGCCCCGCGCCGCAUGUCGGGACCGGCAGCAGUCACCGCCCGCCGCUGCCGCCCGGUCACCACCACACAGCGGGUGCGCCCGCCGCCUCGCCGGCUGCUGGCCCCACUGCUGCGGCCGCGGGGCGGGGGACGUCACAGCGGCGUGUCAUCAGUGGCGCCAGCAGCCAUGGGGACGGCGGCGCAGGGGGUGCUGGAGGCGCAGGGGCAGGGGACGAGCAGCAGCGGGAGCGGCGGGCCUCAGGCGGAGCCGCGGGGCCCACCUCCAGCGCUGAGGCCGGUCCAGCUGCAGUGGGGUCGGAGCCAAAGCCGCGGCAGCCAUCGGGCUCCGGACACGCCCCCGGCCCCAGCAGUGGCCGCACGUCGGGUGCAGGGGGGCCGGGGCCGGGGCUGCCGGGUGUGGGGGAGGUCCGACCCCUGAGCGCCAGCAGCGGGCGACACCUGCCGCCGGUCUCAGCACCGCAGGCCGCCACAGCCGCCUCGCCGCCGGGGCCAGCGAGCGGUCCGGCGCUGGGGCACACACACGCGCAGGGGCCGUCCCCACCGGCCGCGCUGCCGUCUGGCGGCGGCGGCGGCGGCGGCGGCGGCAGGGCCGUGCGCUUCUCGUAUACUGGCGACGACAGCGACACCGCACCAGGCGCUGCAGCAGCAGCAGCAGCAGCAGCGGGUGGGCUGCCGCCCGUGCGCCGCCCCAGUGACGGCGCGCCGCCGCCACACGGCGCCUUGCACCUGCCGCCACACCUGGGGUCACCCAGCGGGGCCGGGGCAGGGGCAGGCGAGCCCGGCAGCGGCCCUGUGGGCGGCCUGUCACCGCAGCCGCGUGGGGCCGGCAGCCGCAACACCUCCAGCAACGGCGCAGCGCACAUUCCUUCCGGCCCCAGUACUGCCACUGCUGCUAGCGCGGCUGCUGCUGCCGGCAGCCCCGUGGCGGACGACGUGCUACUGCCGACCCGCCGCUCCGGGCCCAGCCGCGCCGCCAGUCACGACCUCCGCCAGGCCAGCAGCUGGUCUGACCUGGCGCCGCCGCCGCCACUGCCGCCGCCGCCGCACAGCCACCCGCACCCCCUGAACAGGCGACCCACGGGCGACGGAGGGGCCGGCGGGGCAGGCGGGCGCACCUCGGGCAGCGGGACGCAGGCGGGCGGCGCGACGCCGGUGCUGCUGUCGCCGGAGAGCGGAGGGCAGGCGGGCGGCGGCGGAGCCAAAGCCAUGCUCGCAGGUAGCGGUGGCGGCGGCGCCGGCGGCGGUGCAGGUGCCAUCAAUAGUGCCAAUGCUGGGCCGCACGCGAUACGGCGAGCGGUGGAGCUGUCCCCGCUUGUUGCGGCGGCGGCGGUGGCGGCGGCGGCGGCGAGCGGCUUGCCUGGCGGGGGCCCUGGCGCGGAGGUGGCGCUGCGUGAGGCGCUGGCGAGGCAGGCGGUUGAGAACGCAGCGGUGCUGACGGCGGCUGCUGACGGCGACGGCGACGGUCUCUUGCGGCCCUGGUCCGCGAGCAGCAGCCACAGCGCCCUGGGUCGCGGCGGCGGCGGCGGGGCAGGUGGCGGCGGCGGCGGGCUGGGUGGUGUGCUGGAGACUGACUACGGGUACGCGCGCGUUGUGGCCCAGCACACAGGUCUGGUGGUGGGUGGAGGCGGCGCGUCACCCCUCACGAGCGGCGCAGGCGGCUUGCGUUCGCUGCAGUCGGGGCUGGGCAGCUCGGGCCGGCGGACGGCGCUGGCGCCGCUGCCGCUGCUGCCGUCUCUGACCACGGCGUCGUCACACGGCGUCCCGGACCUGCCGCUGCCGCUGCCGCUGCCGGGGGGGCUGCUGUCGCCGUCAGCAGGUGGGACCGAGGGCCCGGGCAGCGGCGGCCCUGCUGCUGGUGGCAUGUCGCAGCAGCAGCGCAAUGGCGCUGGCGGCAGCAUCAGCCCGCUACCGUCGUGGCAGCCGCUGGGCUCCACUCCGGGGCCGGGCGCCCGCAGCUUCAAAUCGGCUCUGAAGGGCAACGCCGGCAGCAGCGCCGGCGCCCCGCCGUCAGAGCAGUCCGGCACGCCCAUGGAUGCCGCUGACUCCGGUGGCGGCGGUGGUGGAGGUCUGUCGCUGCCGGGCCUGCCACGGGGAGGGACCGGGCGGGCGCUGUCGCAGCGGCGAGGCAGUGGCUUCAGCGCCGCCGCCACUGCCGCCGCGGCACCAGGUAGUGGUGCUGACAGCGGCGUGGACUCGCCGUCGGUGCUGGCGCGCGUGUUGGCGGCUGGUGGCGUAGGGGCGGGGGCGGGGGCGGGCGGCGGCAGCGGCGGCCCCGGCAGUGCAUCGCUGCUGGGGCAUGUCGGGGCCGGGGCCGGGGGUGUGGAUGUGGACCUGGACGGCAUGCCGCCGCUGGACCUGAGCAACGCGGAGAGCGUGGACGUGCGGAUACACUGCCUCACGUUCAACAUGGGCGGUGUGACGCCGCCGGCCGCCGCGCUGCCUGAGACGCUGUUCAGCGGCUCCUGCCUGGGGCCCGGAGACGUGCCGCUGGCGGGGGCGGCGGGCGGCGGCGGCGGCGGCGGCGGUGUGGGCGAGCUGCUGGGCGGCGGCGGCGGGGAGGACGGCGGCGGCGGCGGCGCGGCGGGGGGCGACGCAGCGGACCUGUACGUCUUCUCAUCGCAGGAGAGCGGCCCGCUGUCGGAGUGGGAGGCGGCUGUGUCCGCGCACCUGGGCCGCCGCUAUGUGCGGGUGGCGGCGGAGAGCCUCAUGGCCAUUCACAUACUGCUGUUCGCCACCCGGCCCCUGGCGCCGCACAUCAAGGAGGUCCGCACCAGCAGUGUGGCCACGGGUGUGGGCAACGUGUUGGGCAACAAGGGCGGAGUGGCGGUCACAUUCAGCCUGGCGGGGGCGCAGGUGCUGCUGGUGGGCGCGCACUUCGCCGCCCACGACGCCUACGUGGAGCGCCGCAACGCCGACUUCCACCGCAUAUGCGCCGGACUCUUCGCAGCGCCGCCCGCAGCAGCACCAGCACCCGCCGCGGCCGGGCCGCCAGCCAGCACCUCACACAACAGCCACGGCAGCGGCCCCGGCUCCGCAGCCACCGCCCGCCCCUCGGGCGAGUUCGCGCGCUCCUCCGCGGGGACAGGCCCCGGGUCCGGCCCCCAUUCUUCGCACGUGUACGGCGGCGGCGGCGGCGGUGGGGCGCAUGCGGGUGGCUACGCCUCCACCCCUGAGAGCCGCUCACCCACCGCUGGCCGCCCGCCCAGAGGAGGCGCCGGAGGCGGCGGCGGCGGCGGCGGCUUCACGGCUGGCGGCCCCACACUCUCUCGCUUCAGCCGCGGCUUUGGCCUGGCCUCGCGCGACAACGGGUCAGGGGCAGGGGCGGGGGCGGGGGGGCCGCCGUCAGCUGCGCCGACGGAGCCGGGUGUGGAGGAGGUCGGGUCGGGCGGCGGCGGCGGCGGCGGCGCUCCGCUUGCUCGCGGUCUGAGCCGCCAGCUCAGCUCCGAGUCCACCAGCUCCGUCAUGUCAGCGGCGUCGCACUACCACGGUGGCGGUGGCGGCGCCGGGUUCGGCGGCGGCGUGGCCAGCCGCGCCCCCUCCAUGUCUGGCGGCACCCGCUCCCGCGCCGCCUCCUUCUUCAGCGGCAUGUCCUUCGCCACCGCCGCCCGCACCUCCACAGCCCUGCUGGCGCACUUUGACGUGGUGCUGUGGAUGGGCGACCUCAACUACCGCAUUGCAGGCAACCCAGAGGUUGUCAAGUUCGCCAUUGACAACAACAUGGUGGAGGUGCUGGCUGCCAACGACCAGCUGAGGAACCAGCAGAAGAAGGGCAAGGUGCUGCAGGGCUUCCACGAGAUGCCCAUCGCCUUCGCGCCCACCUUCAAGUUCACGCCCGGCACCGACCGCUACGACCUGAAGCGCACGCCCGCCUGGACCGACCGCGUGUUGUACGCGGUGCACGCCGACCCGCUGUUCGCCGACCUCAAGCCCCUCUACUACAUGGCGGUGCCGGAGCUGCGCACCAGCGACCACAAGCCCGUCAUCGCCGGCUUCGAGCUGUCCGUCAGCCCGCAGCACGCCAACGCGGGACGCCACUCCAAGCGCGCGGGCUGCUCCAUCAUGUAAUGCCGCGUGGUGGUGGUGAUGCGGAGGGGGCGGGAGGGGGCGGGAAAAGUGACGGAGUGGAGUGGAGGAGUGGAACGGGAGUGCGGGAGGCUUGGCGGGAGGAGCAGGGCUGGGUGGUGGCGUACUGGGACUGAGGCAGGUUGGCUGGGGAGUGAUGGUAAUUUUGUGAGCUGACCUCAACUGUGGCCGGGACGUAUAGUUCAUAACGCCAUAUUUGCUACCUAACCCGGGAAGGGCAUUAAAGACCUUUUUGGCCAAUCGGGGGUGAUGGGACGUGACUGUAUGCAGCGCGGCAGGUUGUGACGUGACCGUGUACUGCUUGAUGUGACAUCUGUGAUCACUGACCACCCAUGUUGAGAAGUGGCGAGGUGGCCUUGGACGAGUGGACGACUGCAUGUGAGGGGCGGGGCCGGGGAGCAUGCCCCGUGUAUAAUGCUCUGGAUGCUGUGCGGGAUGGCUGGGCCGACAUAAUACGCGCCAUUGGCAAAUCAGACGAGUGAUUACCAACAAGGGGUGUCAGCUUUGUACAGCUGGAAAAUGGGCUGAGCCCCCGUACGCUUGGGAGCUAAUAGGCGUGUAACGCCCCACAGUC